AUGUCUCCAUCUCUAAUUUGCCUUUGUAACCCAUUGCUUGAUAUUCAAGCCACUGUCAAUGAUGACUACUUGAAGAAGUACAACUUGAACGCCAAUGACGCUGUUCUGUUGGAGACUGGUUCCACUGACCCAAGAUUUGCCAUUUACGAAGAACUACCAACUUUCCCAGAUGUCAAGUACGUUGCUGGUGGUGCUGGUCAAAACACCGCUAGAGGUUCAGCUUAUGUGCUAGGUAAAGGCCAAGUAGGUUACUUUGGCUCUGUUGGUGAGGACAAAUACUCCAAGAAGCUUUUGGAAGAAAACGAAGCAGCUGGUGUAAUUUCAUUGUACCAAGUUCAAAAGGACAUCAGCACCGGUAAGUGUGCUGCUUUGAUUACUGGUCACAACAGAUCUUUGGUUACCGACUUGGGUGCUGCUAACCAUUUCAAGCCAGAGCAUUUGGACAAGCACUGGGACCAAGUUACUGGUGCUAAGAUGUUCUACAUCGGUGGUUUCCAUCUGACUGUUUCCCCAGAUGCCAUUGUUAAGAUCGGUCAGCACGCCAAGGAAACUGGUAAGCCAGUUGUUUUGAACUUGAGUGCCCCAUUCAUUCCACAAUUCUUCAAGGACGCUCUUGUCAAGGUUCUACCAUACGUUACCAUUGUUGUUGCUAAUGAAUCUGAAGCUGCCUCUUACGCUGAAGCCUUUGGUCUAACUUGUGACAAGACUGAUUUGGUUGCCAUUGCAAAGGAAAUCAUUGGUGACUCUUCUGAAAAGAAGGUUGUCUUUACCCAUGGUCUUGAGCCAACCGUUCUAGUCACCAAGGACUCUGACAAGUCAUUCCCAGUCAAGCCACUUGACAGCAGUAAGAUCGUUGACACCAACGGUGCUGGUGAUGCUUUUGCUGGUGGUUUCAUGGCCGGUUUGGUUCAAGGUAAGUCUCUAGAGCAAUCCAUUGACAUGGGUCAAUGGUUGGCUGCUCUAUCCAUCCAAGAGGUCGGUCCAUCUUACCCAAAGGAAAAGAUUGAAUACGCUUAA